AUGGCGACAUUUCGUACGUCCUCAGACACUCUCGUCACGUCCCGACCUGCUGCUCCCAGUCAAUCGCCCGCCGAGGUCGACAUGCAACAUGCCUUUUUAGCACCAGACUCACGGGCUGCCACGGAAGUCGAAUUGGCCGAUUUGGACACUGCGCCUCCCGUCUCACCCAAAGUACUCGAUGUCUCGACCAAAGCCAGUGACGAAACGGCAUUCGAGGACAAUCAUGAAUCUGUCACAGUUGUUCGACGCCGCGGGCGAUUCCGUCUCAAGCACCAAAGCCAGUACGAAAAUAGUCUUCUUGCCGGCGUCGGAUACCUGGAACUGGCCAAUGCCGCGGACUUUGCCGCGAAUGUGUGGAACCAAGUUCCUGUACCGAAGUUCGCGGCGGCGUUGAUGGGUGUUGGUGCAACAUGUGCGUUGGGCAUGGUAUUCGUCGCGAUGCAGGAUUUUCGACUCGGCUUGCGGAAUGUGAAGCUCCUUCGUGCGGAGAGAGUGCGUCUGCAGGAUUCACUACGCCAAUUUCAACCACAGCAAGAGAUUACCAAAUACUUGAGUAGCAGGCUGGCUGUGAAUACAAGAGAGCUCGGCACUGAGAUUGUCGACCGUAUCGUGAUGGAUGUUCUCAUGGGGUUCGGGUCGAUGCUUGUCGGCGUGGGGACGUAUAUGGCUAUAGGUGGAGCCAACCGCCGCGUCUUUCUAGCCAGCAACCUCCUCUCAGGGUAUAUCGGAAAUGGUAUGGCGGCAAUGUUUGGCCUGAUCAAUGCCGUGUGGUCGGUCUUUCUCUUACACCGCUUCCAACAACAACUCAACGCUAUCCGGUCUUCAUAUCCGAACGACGAUAUCAAGCGUCGAUUACACCAGCGUGUACGCCGGUUUCAAUGGCACUCUAUCAUUAACGCCAUCAAUGGAUUGGUGGCUGGCGCUGCGUCGAUGGUCACCGCGGAACGGUGGUGGGGAUACGUGGUGUUAAUACCUUGCAUUAUUUCGUUGAUUGUCGUCAACUUCUUCUGGCGCAAAAAGCUCGGCUAUGACAGGCCGAUGUUUGUGGAAACCCCCGAGAUGACCUGUGAGAGCCGCUUUCUGGUUGAGGAUUUACAGCUCGUGAUUUCGAUGCAGCAUCAUCUCGCUGAAGGUCAGCCGGCCCUACCUGGUACAGUUGUCGACUGGACUUCGCUGGAGUCCGUGUUGACAUUCAUCAAAAACCAAGGCAUGCUGGAGAACUACAGCAAGUCGCUCAUACAAAAUAAGCACACACGGAGACUUCUCUCCGAGAGUUCCCUUUCCCCGACCCCUGCAACCGAAAUCACCCUCUCGGUGAACACCAUCCUUGUCCUCUCAUCACAAUCUUCCCGACAUGUAACCAUUCUAAAGGAUCAUACGCGUCGGUUCCUUGAGCAUGGCGGACAUCAAUUUUUCGUUUAUCGCGAGCGACAUCUCCUCGAAGUUCUUAGCUUCUCCAUCUGGCAGGACCAGAUAUCCCACUUUGCUUGUACCAAAGCCGAAUCCUCAUCGAGGAGUGACUCUAAUUACCCGCUUCCCUCAUGGCAGCUAGACCAAGGCUGCUAUACAUAG